UCCGCAUGCGCAGAGUGAGACUGAGACUGAGAGUCGUUGCUCCUUCCCGGCGGCUGUCCCAAUCUCGCGUUUUGGCAUCAUGCGAUGCCAGUUGAGGGGCUCUUGGUGGGCUUGGCCGUUGUUGGGGACGCUGGCGCUGGUGGUGCUGCCCCAGGGGUCGCUGGGUCAAUGUGCUAUCAAAGACUUGCCGAAGCUAUCGAACUCUGAGCCAGAAAAGCAUAGCCUUCCACCUAUUGUUCGUUCGACUACUAGUGUUGUAUACAUAUGCAAACCAGGCUUUGUUAAAAAGAGUCCACAGGAACCAGAUCGUGUUAUAUGUUUGCGCCGUGUCUGGAUGCUGAUCUCAGAUCCCUGUAUCCUGGCACCAAUUCCACCAAGAACUUCAACAAAAGCAACAACUGCACCAGCUUCAUCGGAAACUAAUGUGCUGAUUAUCCCUGCACCACCUCCAUCAGAAGCAUCUCUAGUGAUUACCCCUUCACCACCUUCAACAGCUGCACCAAUUUCACCAAGAAAUUCAACAGAAGAAACAACUACACCAGCUUCAUCAGUCACAUCUCUACGGAUUACCCCUUCACCAGCUUUAACAGGCAUGUUCAUCGGCAUAUUGAUAGCUGGUCCCGUUAUGUUAUAGAGGUACACUACCGCUUACGAUGAAUGUGGGUGUAACAUUUCAUGAGUGCACCAGCACCAUAUUUCGCCAGUAGUCCACGUCUUUCUGUUCCUGACCAUUUUCAGUAGCUGAAGAAUAAAGGUGUGCAACCAUUUGCAUUUGAAAAACUA